AUGAGUUCUGGAAACAAGGUCAAGCUUAUCUCUGGCCAGGAGAUCCCGACUCUGGGCUAUGGCACCUGGCAAUCUGCCCCCGGCGAGGUCUCGGUCGGCAUCUACGAGGCCCUGAAGGCAGGCUACAAGCACCUCGACCUGGCCAAGAUAUACCAGAACCAGAAGGAGGUUGCCGAGGGUCUCCACAAGGGCAUGAAGGAGUUUGGGAUCAAGAGGGAGGAUCUCUUCAUCACCUCGAAGCUGUGGAACAACUGCCACCGGCCCGAGCACGUGGAGAAGGCGCUCGACGACACCCUCGCCGAGCUCCAGCUCGACUACCUCGACCUGUACCUCAUCCACUGGCCCGUGGCCUUCCCGCUGGAGGGCGACGUCGGCGAGGUCCUCUUCCCCAAGCACGCCAGCAAGGAGGACGAGGUCGCGCUCGACAACGGCGUUUCUCUGGUCGACACAUGGAAGGCCAUGAUCGCCCUGCCCAAGUCCAAGGCCAAGAACAUCGGCGUCUCCAACUUCACCGUCGAGCACAUCGAGACCCUCAUCGAGGCCACCGGUGUCGUCCCUGCGGCCAACCAGAUCGAGAGGCACCCUCGCCUCCUGCAGAACGACACCCUCAUCCCCUACUGCAAGGAGAAGAACAUCCACAUCACGGCCUACAGCGCCUUUGGCAACAACAGCUUCGACCUGCCCCUGCUCAUCACCCACCCCGUUGUCACCAAGAUUGCCGAGAAGCACAACGCCACCGGCGCCCAGGUUGUGCUGGCCUGGUCGCAGGUUGGUGGCCACAGCGUCAUUCCCAAGUCUGUCACCCCCAGCCGCAUCGCCCAGAACUUCCAGGAGAUCAAGAUCACGGAUGAGGAUGUCAAGGCCAUCAACGAGAUUGGCGAGAAGGAGCCCAUGCGGUUCAAUGUUCCCCUGACGUACAAGCCCAAGUGGGACAUCAACAUUUGGAACGACGAGAAGGAGACAGCCGCCACCAACAAGGUUAUUGUCAAGCUCUAA